AUGACCCGGAGUCAAGGGUUUGAUGUCACCGUUGACACGGACCGGAAAUCAUCACUACUUGCUGAGAUGGUCCGCUUAAACCGUAUCCUAUUACAGAUCAAUGAUUUCAACAUUCGUGCAUCCGAAGAGGAAUUAGACCCUGAGGCUAUCAUCAGCAACAUUGAACAUCUUUCAGGUCAGCUUGACGUGUGGCUUGAGGAACUUCCAGAUCAUAUACGGGACACCCGGGAGAAUAUGGCGCGGUAUGCCGCCCAAGGUCUCGGGCGCAUUUUCGCGGCCAUUUACCUUGGUUAUUAUCACUAUGGCCAGAUGUUGUUCUACCGAUUCCUACAUGACGACUCCAACGGAUUUAAUACACAGGCGCGAUACUACGCAGAUAAAUGCAAACAGCAUGCUAGCAGUUUAUGCGACAUAGUCUAUGCUUCUGAUGAAGAACCGGGCUGCGAUGUCAAGUAUAACAUGAUCGGGCACGUACUUGUCAUUUCUUCCACCGUGCAGAUUCACAGCUUGCUGUUCGACUCUGACGUCUCCAAUGUCACACUGGCGAAGAUGCGUUUGGAAAAAAACUUCUGUGUCCUCACUCGCCUCCGAGACCUUUGGCCGACUUUGGACUUUUGCAUGGACCGUUUAAUGGCUUUCCACGAAGCGUGCAGGAAUUCUGCAGAUACUAGCUUCCGUAUGGACCGGUGGAUGGUACGCUUUCUGGUUGAGUUUGCCAGUCCGGUGAGUGACAGAGCAUCGAGAUCUAACGGGGAGAAUCCGUGGUCCCUUGCUGGUCUGGGCAUCACUCCGCCCGACAUGAGCCCGAUCUGCCCAUGA